GUUCGCUACAUGCUUUUACGCCGCCAUCAUGCUCUCCGCUCAAGUUCAUGACAGCAGCUCCCUGGGCCUCUCGAUGCUCACCCACGUCGCCGGCAGCCAAGUCUUCUCAGGAGAACCCUCGUCGCUCACCGCCAGUCCCAUCUCUCUCGAGCAGAAGAAAAAGCCUGCGUACAAGCGCAAGCGCAGUACCGAUGCACCAAGCGACACGGAAUCCUCGUCUUCACAUCCACCCACCCGAACACGCGAUGGGCCAAAGAAAAAGAAGGCAAACCGCGCCUGCUUCCACUGUCAGAAAGCACACCUGACAUGUGAUGACUCACGACCAUGCCAGCGCUGCAUCAAGCGCGGGAUAGCAGAUAACUGCACGGAGGGUCAUCGAAAGAAAGCCAAGUAUUUGUUGGACGAGGAGGAACUUGAGGCCCUGAAGCGGCAGAAGUCUGGGGACGGGUCCACCAACACCGCAGAAGCGCCCAACGAGCAACCCGCUGCCACCUCGACAGAGACCGGAGCAUUCGCUCAAUCAGAACCAAUGUUCUCUAACUACGAGACAGCAGCUCCAGCAUUCGCUUUCCCGCCCUCAGACGCCGCCAACUUGGAAUACUCGAUCUUAUCGUCGAUUCUCGGCAAUUCCCCAGAAUCAGGCAAUUCUGCCGGUAGUCCAGUGGCGGCACAGCAGCAGAUUGGCCAAGUUUCGACAUCAUACGUGGCGCAACCAUCGUCCGCGAAUAUGGGCAGUGGCUCUUGGCCGGCGGCCCCCAACAGCUACAGCGAACAACAGCCCGCUGCCAGCGCGGCAGCGGCGGCGCCUAACGGCUACGUCGCGCCGCAAUAUCAACUUCCAGCGCCCGCGAACGGCACUACACCUGUUCAGGGGCAGGAACUCCAGUAUCCGGAAUACACCACCAACCAGGGUCGACAGUCGCAGCCAGCGUCAUUAGGCAGCUAUACAGGUCAGGCGGCGCAGGUUUCAGUCAACCAGGUGGCCCCUUCGGCGGUCCAGCUGGCGCAGCGGCAGCCUGCAGUAACUCCUACACGCUCUAGCUCCACCACUCUCAUUGACCGAUCAGUGUCUGCGGGGACUGCGUCGUGGGCAGGGCCGACGCCGUCGGACGUCGGCCACCACGACGUGGUCAGCGUGUACAAGUCAGUUACAGAUCCGUACGACUACACCGAGGGCUAUCACUUCUUGAUGAAACACCUCCCGACUCGUAGUUUUGAGAAGAACGACAUCCUCCGGGUCGUCAGGGCCCUCGCCAUCUUCCGGCCGUCGCUCAUUGCACUUCAGAUGCCAAUGACAGAAGAGGACGAGAUUUUCAUCGAGAAGUGCUUCCAGCGAUCGUUGGUCGAACUCGACAAGCUCGUGUCCUUCAGCGGGACGCCCACAUUGGCGUGGCGCCGUACAGGCGAAAUUUGCCUCGUUGGUCCAGAGUUCUGCAUGCUCACUGGCUGGGAGAAGGAAGAGCUGAUUGGUCGGAAAAAAUACGUAUACGAGCUGUUCGAGAACCAGUCAGUCGUGGAGUAUUGGGAAAACUUCGCCAAUCACGCGUUCGAGAACACGACGCAGUCGGUGUACUCUCACUGCAUCCUUCUCAAGCCGUCAGGUGCCCCAGUGCCGUGCACGUUCUGCUUCUCAAUACGCAGGGACAUCAUGGACCUCCCUAGUUUAGUGAUUGGGCAAUGGCUACCCUUGCUAUGACCACACUACAUAGGAGUUCCGGCCUAACAUUGUUUCGAGACGUCGGGCCGUCCUAUAUAAUCCUCGUCAUGAUCCAUCACGCGCUACCACACUACGUGCCGUCCAACCUGGCCACAUCCUCGAGCACCGCAUUUCCAGCAUCUUUGUCGUCUCUCGUUUUGCAUCUGCAUUGCCUACCCUUUAUCAUACGCUUUCAAUCCUCUUAUCAUAUGCUGCUUUGCAUCUUACACCGUGCUUUGGCAUUUUUGUGUCGGACAUUCCCUCCCAUCCUACAUGCAUCUCCAGCUUAAAAAUCUGAAAAUCCUACAAGGUGGCGUUCUCCCCGACGUCCGGUUACGCUUGGUUACGAUUGUACGCUCACCUGAAGAUUCUCCUCCUGUGCAUUGUACAUUUCCACGACUAUAUUUAAAUACCAGAAGUGAAUAGAUAAACAGUACCACAAGGCCCAGCCAGUGAGAGUAGAAGCAGACGUGCGUUCAAGUCAAGUAGAGGUAUUAGUGAGCUCGCCUAUAUCGCCAGCCUCGCAGCCCCAAUCCUUCCCUAUGAGCACCCUAGACUGGAGGCUCACACGCUGUCCUGGACCUGCGCGUAUUCGCUCUCGAUGCCCGGUUCCAUGAGCGAGGCGUGCCCGACGAUGAGGAUACCCGACGCGCCGACUAUCCAGAAGAUGGUCGAGAGCGGGGACGCGAACCAGAGGAGGGGGACGCCAAUCACAAAGAGUCCAAUGUACAGCGACUUUUGCGUCACGACGUGGUCGCCGACCUGCAUCGGCUCGGGCGCAAAUUUGUUGAUGGCGGCGAAGCCUCCAACGAGGAAAAGCAUCGCCAAGACCAGCUGGAUGUUCGUGAGGAGUGCGUAGACCGCAAGGGCGGCCACUAUCAGGCCGUAAUUUCCAGAGAAGUAUCGUGUGUUAUAUGAGAUACGCGAGGUCGCCUGGUUCAUGUCCGCCGGCCGCGAGAUCCGGUGGUGGUCGAAGAACUCUGAAGGCGUGCGCAGCGCACUGAGGCGGGUCUCCCUGAAGGACUUGAGGGUAUCCGAGAUACGCAUGAGAGCUUCCAUGGCAGCGG